AGAGAUCAAUCAAUAAUAACCGAAAAUGCUGAAGCAAAUCCAGGGAUUAGGCCUGGUUAGGCGCCAUCUCUGGGUGGCCUGCGGUGGCCUGCGGGCCAAGGAAGUGAGUAGUGGUGGCAAGGGCAAGGGCAAGGAGAAGGAGAAGUUCCGCACGGAGAAGGACACCUUUGGGGAGCUCAAGGUGCCCGCCGACAAGCUUUAUGGCGCGCAAACGAUGCGAUCCAAGCUGAACUUUCCCAUCGGCGAUAUAGCCGAGCGCAUGCCGAUGCCGGUCAUCCAGGCGAUGGGCAUACUGAAGAAGGCCUGUGCCGAGGUCAACAAGGACUACGGGCUGGACAGCAAGAUCUCGGACGCCGUCUCCUGCGCCUGCGACGAUGUCAUCUCCGGCAAGCUGUACAAGCAGGGCCACUUCCCGCUGGUCAUCUGGCAGACCGGCUCCGGCACCCAGUCCAAUAUGAACACCAACGAGGUAAUCAGCAAUGCGGCCAUCAAGAUGAUGGGUGGCGAACUGGGCAGCAAGAAGCCGGUGCAUCCGAACGACCACGUGAACAAGUCGCAGAGCUCCAACGACACCUUUCCCACGGCCAUCCACAUCUCGGUGGGCAUGGAGCUGAACGAGCGGCUGGUUCCGGCGGUGACCCACCUGCGGGAUGCGCUCAAAUCGAAGUCGGACGAGUUCAGGGACAUCAUCAAGAUCGGACGCACCCAUCUGAUGGACGCAGUGCCUCUGACUUUGGGCCAGGAGUUCAGUGGCUACACGCAGCAGUUGACCUAUGGCCUGGACAGGAUUAAGGGCUGUUUGCCGCGGGUCUACGAGUUGGCCUUGGGUGGAACUGCCGUGGGAACGGGCCUGAAUACCCACAAGGGAUUCGCCGAGAAGGUGGCCAAGCGGAUUGCCGAGCUCACCUGCCUGCCCUUCGUGACGGCCCCGAAUAAGUUCGAGGCUCUGGCCGCCCGGGAUUGCAUGGUGGAGGUGCACGGAGUGCUGAACACCAUCGCCGUGAGCCUGAUGAAGAUCGCCAACGAUAUCCGACUGCUGGGAUCGGGUCCGCGUUGCGGACUGGGUGAGCUGAUGCUGCCGGAGAACGAACCGGGCAGCUCCAUCAUGCCCGGCAAGGUGAAUCCCACGCAGUGCGAGUCGCUGACCAUGCUGUGUGCCCAGGUGAUGGGCAACCAGGUGGCCGUGACCAUCGGUGGCUCCAACGGGCACUUCGAGCUGAAUGUCUUCAAGCCGCUGAUAAUAUCGAAUGUUCUUCGCUCCAUCAGGCUGUUGGCCGAUGGCAGCAUGACCUUUAGCAAGAACUGCGUGGAGGGACUGCAGGCCAACAAGGAGACGAUCGACAAGAUCAUGAACGACUCCCUGAUGCUGGUCACCGCCCUGAAUCCGCACAUCGGCUACGACAAGGCCGCCCAGAUCGCUAAGACGGCCCACAAGAAUAAGACGACCUUGAAGGAGGAGGCCCUGAAAACGGGCAUCACCGAGGAGCAGUUCAAGGAGUGGGUCAAUCCCAAGGAGAUGCUGGGGCCCAAGUGAUCCUAUGUGUAGUUGCAAUCAACGUUAUCAGUUAAAAUGAAUAAAUUCCUCAUGUAUAGUGCUUAAAAAGAUG